UUGUUAUUUAGACGGCUCUUUGUCAUUGGCAGCGCAGGACUGACCCACUUCGUUGAAUGGACUUUCUGUGCAUUACGACUAGACGCGCUCCACAACACCGCUAACGAUGAACGCUGAUUUGACGCUGUUUAUUGUUUUCUGCUCUUUCGGUUUUAUUUACGCAAAAUCUGCGCUGCCGUCUUGUCCCAGCGGACAGUUCCUGCUGAAAAAUCAGUGCGUUUUAUGUCAUCCCACCUGCGCGGAGUGUGAUGGUCAUGAGUUAUUCGAGUGCACGGCUUGUGGUUUAGAUGAGGAUGGCAAGGAGCGCUUCUUAUAUCAAGGUCACUGCAGACUCCACUGCCCACGCGAAUUUUAUCCGGACCGGGACCAGUACACCUGCCUCCCAUGUAUGCCCAACUGUGAGAUCUGUGUCGACACUAAUGUGUGUGCCAAAUGCAGGGAAGGCUACAAGCUUCAAAUUGGGGUCUGUCUGACAAUCCUGUGUGGAGUUGGUCAAGUUCAAGACCCAGAUACUCGAGAAUGUUUAGACUGUGGUAUCGGCUGUAAAACAUGCUCCACAGAUGACUCGGAGGUUUGCAACAGCUGUAUGGAUGGCUACUACCUAUACAGACACCAGUGUCGUCAACACUGUCCCCAGAGAACCUAUGAGGACCGGGGUAGAGGACUGUGCAUGAGCUGCGUAGAGCCAUGUCUGGACUGUCGGAGCGAUGCCUUGUGUCUCACAUGCCAGCCUGGAUACUUCCUGAACAAUGGCAGCUGUGUUAAAGAGUGCUCACCAGACACAUAUAAAGACACCAGAGCGUGGCGCUGUCAACCCUGUCACAGCUCCUGUUUGACAUGUCAUGGACCUGGAGUGAGAGAUUGUGACAGAUGCAUUGGCUGGAGCCGUCCGGUGUAUGGAAAAUGUCCAGUGAUCACCUGCCCUGAGGGACAGUAUGUUGAUGGUGAGAGUCGUACCUGCCUUUAUUGCGAUCCAUCCUGCAGGACAUGCUACGGUCCCAGAGCUCAGAACUGCAUCACCUGUGCUACCGGGUACAUGUUGGAGGCACAGGAUGUAAUGUGCGUGGACCGCUGUCCUCUGGGCUUUUUUGGGAACAGCAGCAGUCUGAUAUGUGAGAGAUGUUCUGCUAACUGUGAGGCGUGUGAGAGCAGAGACGAGUGUGUGAGCUGUAAUACAGACUCCUACCCGCUCUAUCUGUUCCAGGGCAGCUGCUAUUCAAACUGUCCAGAUGGUUAUUUCGAAAGCGAGCUGGGAACAUGUGAAGCCUGCGAUGACCUCUGUCUGACCUGUGAUGGCACAAGCACGCAGUGUCUUUCAUGUAGAGAAAGCCUUCAUCUGGCCAGCGGGCAGUGCAGGCAGAACUGCGCCCCCAUGAGUUACGUGGGGGAAGACGGCGCGUGCAAACGUUGUGCUCCUCAUUGCGAUUCUUGUACCAGUUCUGACACAUGUAUAAGAUGCAGCUUUCUCUAUUUGCUUCUUAAUGGUGAAUGUAAGGCCGUCUGCCCGAAAGGCUACUUUGAGGAUUUGGAUCAGGGCAUAUGCGUGAAGUGCCAUCCCACCUGCGCCACCUGCUCUGGACCUCUCUCAGACGACUGCGAGACCUGCGCUCCUCUCACCCCAAAACUCUACGAGGGCACGUGUUUGGAGGAAUGUCUGGCGGGCACAUAUUACCACUCAUCUGAUAAGGAAUGCCAAGAGUGUCACCAAACCUGUGCCCAUUGUGAGGGUCCUGAUCCCACCCAGUGUCUCCAGUGUGAAAAGGGUCUGGUGCUGGACCCCAACACCAUGAUGUGCGGGGUCACCGGGGAUUCCGACUGCCCCCUCAAAACGUUUCUUCAAAACAACCAGUUCACAUGCCAGGCGUGCCAUAGCCUUUGCCAGUCCUGCGAGGGACCGGGGCCCUUUGACUGCCAGACCUGUGCCCUACCCUAUUACCUUCACAACGGAUCGUGUGUGAGCAAGUGUCCGGCGGGCACUUACAGCGCCCACGAGGAGGCAGAUGGGGUAGAGCUGGGUUUCUGUAUGCCCUGCGAUCACGUGUGCACAUCAUGCACGGGAGCAUCUUCCCGAGACUGCCUGAGCUGCGCGCCGGGCUACCUUCAUCUGCUUUCUCAUCUCUGUGUGAGCCACUGUCCUACGGGAUAUUAUAGCUCUGGUGAGCGUUGUGAGAGGUGCGAUCGUUCCUGUGAGCAGUGCACGGGUCCAGGACCGGAUACCUGCAGGGUGUGCACACCUCCUCUGCUGGACCUGCAGGGCACCAGACAGUGUGUUGAACAAUGCCCACAGCGCUUUUAUGAGAACGGGCACAGGUGCACGCAGUGCCACACCAGCUGCCAGUCCUGCACAGAUAACACUCCACAAGGAUGUUUGACAUGUGAUUGGGGCAGCAUCCUGAAGGAUGGGGUGUGUUACCCUCGCUGUGAAGAAAGACGAUUUUACUCACAGGCCGGGGUUUGUGAGCCCUGCGAUGACUCAUGUAAACACUGUUCCGGAGCUGGACCCCAGAGCUGUCUCACAUGUCACUCGGGUUUCGCUCUGCAUGUCAGCGACAGUCAGUGUUUGCCUUGCUGCCCAUCUGGGGAGAGUGCGAAGAACUGUUGUAUCUGCGAUUCGGGCUCUGCAUUGUGUGUUGAGGCCCCUAUUCAAAAUGAGAACCAGGAUGAGAUGGUUCGCAGGUCCCAAGCGAUACAGCACACAUCCGCGGCCUUACCUGCCGCUCUUCUGCUAGCUGUGGUGCUGGCGCUGGUCGUGUUCGGCCUGAUCCAAGCCCGGGCCAAGAAGAGGUUAUGCUGGAGACGGAGCUACGAAAGGCUGAGCGGGGUGGCCACCGCACAGCCUAACAAUCGACCCAUGCCUCAUGGAGUACCGUUACCAGACGACAGCGGAGAUGAGGCGGAUGUGGUUUACAGCAGCCGAGACGGAUCUGUCUAUCGCCGUUACGGUUUUAUCCCUGAACCGGAUACGGAGGAGGAGCAGGACGAAGAUGAGGUUAAUGAAAACACACAUCUCAAUAGAGCCUAAUAUGUGGUCCCUAAACAACUGAGUUUUACUAAUAUUUUACAAGCACACUUCUGUGGUGAAAACCCAUUGGAUUGGAAGAUGGUAAAAGCUAGAUAAGUCUGUGUAAACACCAUCUUUUUUAUGUUUAUUUUUUCCUAUAUUGUAUAUAUUUAUAUGGCUGUGCAGAAUGUCAGUUUAAAUGAUGAUUUUGUAUUGAAAUGUAUCCUUUUACCUUCACAUGUGACACUGUUUGUUUGUAAAGUGUUACCAAGUGUUUGUUCUUAAAGGGACAUUUCACACGAAGAUAAUCAUUAUUUAUUCACCCUCUUGUCAAUUCAAACCUGUACGGCCUUCUUUCUUCUGUAGAACACAAAAGAUAUUUGGAUAUAUAGUUAGUAACCGAACAGCGGCAGUACACAUUGAUUUCUAUUGUAUGAACACAAAACCAAUGCAGAAGACAGUCAUACAUGUUUGAAAUGACAAGAGGGUUAAUAAAUGAUGUGGAAUUUUUAUUUCAUUUCAACUACAUUGUGAAGUAGAGAAUCAAGCAUAUUUUGAUAAUAAAGA